CCGAUUUCGAAGCGGUACAUGGAUCGCUUGGAACAACACGGUGUACGAUACCAAUCAUCGUUCAUGUUCGCUUGGAACGCAUUUUUUAUAAUGCGCAUGACGAGGGCAGUACGAAGGACGGUUUUCAUGUCACUUGGAACGCGCCUAUUGUGUGCUGGCACAAUGCAUCGACUUUUUUAAAUUUACCGCGCAUUGACUGUUACCCGUACAAUUGGCAACGUUGGAUCAAGUGUGCGAAUUAAGGUUUCGUGGAAUCCCUUUCCAAAUCACGUGAUAUAAUAUGGCUGCUGGAUGGCAAAACUGUCAUCCAUAGGCGUAUCCAAUUAUUAAACCACUUCAUAUUUAAAUUGCUAUCACAAUUUCACAGAUUUCGCUACACAAUUAACAAAAACACAAAACCAAACAGCAUAUUCUUUACAAAUUUGUCAAUAUUUAAUGUAAACAUUAGAUACGCGAUGACCACCCCCCUUAUCUAUGUCUAUGGCCAUGUCAGUUUAGCCAUCCACCAUCACCAUCCACCGGCCACCACUGACAGUUCAUUGGAAUCCCUAAUUACUCCUCCAAAAACAAGUGACUUUGUUUUUUGUGUAAAAUUAUUAUUGGAUUCAUUGGAUUGGAAUUCAUAAAAUCGGAAUCGAGUGUGAUAAAAUGGAAGUAAAGCAAGAAAGUAGCGAGGAAACAUGUAAAAUAGAAAGAGAGUAUAAUGACUUGGAUGAUGCCCUUUUGGAUGUCUUUAAAUUUGAAAUUAAGGAAGAAUCUAAUAGGCUUGAUACAUAUGAUUCGUUAGACUUGAAGGAGUGUCCUAUAAAUACUGAAAUAGAACAACAUGGAAGUAAACUCGACCCAUUUGAAGAAGACCAAAAAACUGACAAAGGUUAUUUCCAAAAUGAAAACAAAAUGGAGAUUACGGAGAAACUUGUUGAAGAUUCGUCUUACCAAGGAAAUGAUGUGACUCGACAUACUCAAGGGAAAACAUUAAAUAAAAAUAUGAAAGAUGUGACUGGCGAUAGGUCUUAUAAAUGUGAAAUUUGUUUUAAGCAAUUUAGUCAAGCAGGUCAUUUAAAAGAACAUUUGAGAGUGCACACUGGGGAAAAACCUUACAAGUGCGAGAUUUGUUUUAAGCAGUUUGCUUAUAAAUUGCAAUUAACUGUUCACAUGACAAUUCACACAGGAGAAAUACCUCACAAGUGUGAAAUUUGUUUUAAGCAGUUUCCUAGAGCGCAUACUUUAAAAGAGCAUUUAAGAAUACACACUGGAGAAAAACCAUACAAGUGUGAAAUUUGUUUUAAGCAAUUUAGUCAAGCAGGUCAUUUAAAAGAACAUUUGAGAGUGCACACUGGGGAAAAACCAUACAAGUGUGAAAUUUGUUUUAAGCAAUUUAGUCAAGCAGGUCAUUUAAAAGAACAUUUGAGAGUGCACACUGGGGAAAAACCUUACAAGUGCGAGAUUUGUUUUAAGCAGUUUGCUUAUAAAUUGCAAUUAACUGUUCACAUGACAAUUCACACAGGAGAAAAACCUCACAAGUGUGAAAUUUGUUUUAAGCAAUUUCCUAUAGCGCAUACUUUGAAAGAGCAUUUAAGAAUACACACUGGAGAAAAACCAUACAAGUGUGAAAUUUGUUUUAAGCAAUUUAGUCGAGCAGAUACUUUAAAAAAGCAUUUAAGAACACACACUGGAGAAAAACCUCACAAGUGUGAGAUUUGUUUUGAAGAAUUUGCUCAUAAAUAUCAAUUAACUGUUCACAUGGUAGUUCACACAGGAGAAAAACUUCACAAGUGUGAAAUUUGUUUUAAGCAAUUUAAUCAAACAGGUUCUUUAAAAGAGCAUUUAAGAGUACACACUGGAGAAAAACCUCACAAGUGUGAAAUUUGUUUUAAGCAAUUUAGUGAAGUAGGUAAUUUGAAAGAACAUUUGAGAAGGCACUCUGGAGAAGAACCUCACAAGUGUCAAAUUUGUUUUAAGCAAUUUACUAGAACAAGUGAUUUGAAAAGACAUUUCAUAGUGCACACUGGGGAAAAACCUCACAAGUGUGAAAUUUGUCUUAAACAAUUUAGCGAAGCAGGUAAUUUGAAAAAACAUUUGAGGGUUCAUACUGGGGAAAAACCUCACAACUGUGAAAUUUGUUUUAAACAAUUUGCUCGUAAACAUCGAUUAACUGUUCACAUGACAGUUCACACAGGAGAAAAACCUCAAGUGUGAAAUUUGUUUUAAGGAAUUUAGUCAAGCAAGUAAUUUGAAAGAACAUUUGAGAAGGCACACUGGGGAAGAACCUCACAAGUGUCAAAUUUGUUUUAAGUGAUUUACUAGAACAAGUGAUUUGAAAAGACAUUUCAUAGUGCACACUGGGGAAAAACCUUACAAGUGUGAGAUUUGUUUUAAGCAGUUUUACCAAGCAAGUAAUUUCAAAGUGCAUUUGAGAGUGCACACUGGGGAAAAACCUUUUAAGUGUGAGAUUUGUUUUAAAGAAUUUGCUCAUAAAUAUCAAUUAACUGUUCAUACAGGAGAACUACCUCACAAGUGAAUCGUUUAUUUCAGAAACCACCUAAGAGCGAUUUUUUCAACUUUCGGAAAAACUAAACUAAAAAAACUGUUUUGUAGCUUAAGUAGGUAUAGGUAUCUAUAGUAUCCUUCAAAUAUUUUUUUACCAAAUCAAAAACAUGCUAUUGGAAUGAUCUGUUUUUUUUUAAAUUGUUUUUGUCUUAAAAUUUUAGAGUUAUAAAUUUUUGAAAAAAUUGCACUUAGGUGGUUUCUGCAACAAAGGGUGUAUGAGUGAUUUUUUUUAAAUCACUAUUGAAAUUAAGUCAAACCAUUAAUUUUUUGGAGUGUUUUACAACACCUAAAUUGAAAAAUAUUAAUAGACCUGGAUCCCGCGUACAGGGCCCCCGCUACCAUAUGUGCAAAGUGUGCAAUGCACACAGGCGCCAUAUUUUAGGGGCGCCAAAACCCGGUGUCAAAAAUUGCAAAAAAAACAAACAAAAAGAUUAAUUUUAAAAUAAAAGUUAAGAAAUUAAAUAGGAUUAAUUAUAAACACAACGGAAUUUUAUUAGUAUCAUCCAGAUACUGCCGAUUCCCAAUUGCGAGAACAUGUCAGAAGGCAGGCAUUUUAAUUUAUUUUGUCAUGCUUUUAUUUUGUUUGUUUUAUUUUGAUAUGUUUGUCUACGUAAAAUAAUAGUCCAUUUACUCACAGUUUUUGCUGUGAAUUUUAAAAAACCGCUUAUAUUGACAUGAAAUUUGUCAUACACAUAGCUAACAAGAAAAGAAGUGAUAUUGUGCCGAUGUGUGCUUUUGCCCUGGGGGUAAAAGGGAUAUUCUUAUGGGAAUACGCCCGAAAAUACCUGGGGUAUUCUCGGGGGUGAAAAAACAUACGUUCAAAAUAAGUCAGGAAUGGGACAAACUGACUAAUUCUAAGCAACUGUUGGGGACUUGGUCCCGCUAUUGAUUGCACAAUAAAUGUAAUUAAAGCCAAUAUACUUUUCAAUUUUUAUUGUUGUAAUAAAACUAACAAUUACAACAUAAACCAACAGAAAAGUCCCAGCGACCUGUUUUAUAAUUGACUGUUCUUCGCGACGUUCUAAAACAGAAUGAAUACAAUAACUAUGAUCUUGACGUUCUACGCAGUUUAAUAAUUACGCACUAUUUUCGCUGUUAGUAAAGUCAACAUUUUUUAGGAACGAUUCUUAACAUAUUCCCCCACCUUGAAAUAUUAUUUCAAUAAACAUAAAGUUAAACAAUAUAUAAAACAAGUAAAUUCCCCAAUUGGACAAACAAAAAUGAAUACAUAACAAUGAUUACAUAUAAAUGAGUACAUAAAAAUUAAUACAUAAAAAAAAGAAUACAUAAAAAAGAAUACAAAAAAUUUUCUUAAACAUUGUCAAUUGGUAAGGGACAUAACUUUGAAAUUGAUCGCUUGUAUUCGCCAUUUACAGUUUGAAUACGCGCAACCCGCACUUUGUUAUCAGGUCCGACAUACACUUCCUUUACACGUCCCAUCUUCCAUUGACAAGGAGGAAGAUUGUCUUCCUUCAGCACCACCAAUUGUCCAACUUCUAAAUUUGGUUUUUCAGUAAACCACUUAACCUUCUGCUGCAUUUCGGUAAUAUAGUCCAAAGACCACCUCGUCCAGAAGUGCUGUUGAAGCAUUUGCAUAUGUUGAUACCUAGAUAAUCGAUUUAUAGGUAUUUCUCGUACAUCAGGAUCCGGUAAUGAGGUGAGUCGUCGUCCAAUAAGGAAAUGAGAGGGGGUAAGGGACUCAAAAUCAUCAGGACUUGAGGACAAAGGACAUAAAGGUCUUGAGUUAAGGACAGCUUCUAUUUGAACUAGAAUGGUAUAAAACUCCUCAAAUGUAAGAUUACCAUUGCCCAAAAUUAUUUUUAAGUGUUUUUUACAGGACUUUACGCCCGCCUCCCAUAGACCACCAAAGUUUGGAGACUUGGCUGGAAUGAAGUUCCAGUUAAUACCUUCACUACUGACUGAAUUUGUUAAAGACUGUGAAUAAGACAAUAAAAAAAUCUCCCAAUAGUUUCAAUUCGUUAUUUGCCCCAACGAACUGGGUACCAUUGUCGGACAAGACCUUUAAUGGUUUACCCCUACGUGCAACAAAUCUACGAAAGCACGCGAUAAACGCCUCUUUUGUCAAGUCCGACACCAACUCAAUAUGAACUGCUUUAGUAGAGCAGCAUACAAACAGACAUACAUAACAUUUUGAAAGUAUAGCCUUUCUCCCAUACUUAUUUUUAAUUUGGAAUGGACCAGCGUAGUCCAUCCCCGUUACAUAAAAUGGAGGUGAUGGCGUUACCCGAUCUUUAGGUAAAGGAGCCAUUAUCUGAGACAGUGGAACUGGCCGGGCCUUGAAGCACUGAAUACACCUAUGAAUGGCAUAUCGUACCAGAUUCCUACCACCAAUUAUCCAGAACUGUUCACGGAUUGAACUCAAAACCGCCUGCGGACCAGCAUGUAAGAGACGUUCAUGUUCCCAUUCAACCAACAACUUUGUUAAUGUAUGCUUAGAGCUUAAUAGAGCUGGAUGCUUCUUCGCAUACUCCAAACUCGACAACUGUAGUCGACCCCCCACC